AUGAAUGAAAAGUCAUCUACUCCAUCAUCUUCAUCUUCUUCAUCAUCUUUCUCAUUAUCACCAAAAGGAGGAUUAUCAGAUUUAACAAUACUAAAGAUCAUCACUCACAUUGAAUACAAUCAAGAUAUAGUAUGUCUGUUGAUGACUUGUAAAGCAUAUUAUAAAGAGUUUAUGAAACAAUAUGCAAAGGUUAUUACUUUUAAAGAUAUCGACCCAACUUCGAUCGCGAGUCCAUCAGAAAUGACAAUGAUCGGGUCUUCUAUGAAACCAUUUAAAGAGAUUUACAAUUCAUCACUUGUCGCUUUACAAAAUACAGACGACGAUGACCAAGACUUUAUAACUCUCACCAAAACAUCAACAAAAGAGGAUAUAAAAGAAAUAAAGAAUCCUACCAAAUUUUAUCUGCAAGAAUACCAAGGUGAAAUCAAAGAUGUUCUACUACCAUCCGUCAAUACUAUAGUUAUAGAAAUCAGGCCAGUCAUACCACCAUUUCCAACAAUCUCUGAAUGGUCAUCUUGUGCAACUCUUACAAAAUUGUCAAUCCGUUCACACCGAGUACUCCCAAUCGGCCUUCAAUUUCCAGCCACCCUAACCGAAUUGGACAUCAAUUACUAUUGUAGGGAUUUUUUUACUCUGGAUUUGACCAAUUUAAAAUCUCUCACCGAUUUAAAUGUUGAUACUAACCGUCAAGAUCUCGUACCAGCCACCGAUAUUCUCCUUCCCAAUCCCAACACGUCACUCACCACACUCACCCUUGUCGUUCAUCUUGACCCAUCCACAAUGAAACAAUCGUUCUUUCCAACAAACCUCAAAGAAAUUGACAUGAAAUACGAGUCGUUUGGUAAAACAAAACCACCACCAACCGUUCAAAAGAUGACCAUAUCCACUAAAAGUAGAAUACCAACCUUCUUUUAUCCAAAAAGUCUCGUUGAUUUAUCAAUACACCUUGAUAAUACUACUCUAGAGCCUUGGUCGCUACCUUAUGGACUCAAAAUACUGCUUAUCACAAAUUAUGAAUGCCCAGUAUCACCAGCGUUUGUGCCAGACACUGUAGUCGAUUUGUGUGUCAACGUUUCCAACCCUAUCCACUCCACUUUUCCAAGGGGACUAGUCAAAUUUAUAACAUCAACCAAUUACAACUCACCUUUAAAGUAUCCACCAACAUUACGUAAAUUGUAUUUCCUUAGAGAUAAAUACCCUCCACCAGUCAUCUACUUGCCGACAUCACUAUAUAAAUUCUCGUUUUCCAUAAAAAGAAAUAAUGAUACAUUAGUAUAUACACUUCCAACAACCAAAGUAAUCAAUAAUGAUAAUAGUACAAUAACAGAUAAUCCCCUUCAUUUUGUUUUACCACACCGUUUAAAUAAGCUUGAAUUUCAAUUGCUAGGCGAUCUCGAGACUCAAAAGGAUUUCAGUAUUCGAAUUGACCAAAUCAUCAAUUGUUCAAAUGUUGAACAUCUACAUAUUGAUACACCAUAUUCUUCAUUAUAUCUUAACAUUAGACGAUUAGAUAAUGGAGAUGUAAUGAUAAACUCUGGUGGAUCAUUUUUUGGUGGCAUAUAUAGACAACAACAUGGAACGAAAAAUCAAAGUCCACUAGACUACCCAGCACUCUAUUUGAAUUUUAAAUUAAAUGGAAAUCACUUUAAUGUUUAUCCAAGUAAUACUCCAAUUAAAUUUAAUCAUUAA